AGCACCCUGAAGGAGAGUCUGCUUAAAAUCCUCUUGGAGGCCAUAACGUUAAUGGGACCUUGUCCAGCAUGCCAUCUUAAGCAGGGAUUCAGUGCUCCCUAAAUGGCUGGAAAAUUGUUUUGACAGAUGCUUUUCUGGAAGGAGCCCUCACUCUAAAGCCCUGUCAUUGUGCUGCUUUAAAUAAAGCUGCAGUCAUUCUGUGUGGCAGCGAUUCAGAUGGGAGUGUCCAGCAAGGUGUAUCUCUUCUAUAUAUCUGGUAUCGUGUUGGCUGGGGUGGAGUUUACUCCUCUUCUCAGACUUGUGAUUUUUCGGGCAGACUAAGAUUUAUAACAUGGAUCCAAAACAAUCAUUAAAUCAGCAGAGUGAUGUGAAGGAGGCCAAUGAAAACGACACAGAAGGGCAUGCAGAAAUGUCAAGUGACUCCAACUCAUCGAGCGCAGAUGAAGAACUACCAGUAGAGCCAGCACUGGUACCAUCAGCCACGCUUCCGAAACUGCCCUGGGAACCAAGCAGCUACUCAGUUUUUGGAAAAGACAUCUACUCAUUUUUGGGCUACGAGAUAAAAAUACAAGAGUCUAUUGAUUCUUAUGCUGCCAUUGUAUGGCCAGGGGCAAUUGCCCUGGGCCAAUAUCUGGAAAACAACCAACAAGAAUUUAAUCUCAGAGACAAGGCAGUCCUGGAAUUAGGAGCUGGAACAGGACUUCUUUCCAUUAUGGCUUGUUUGUUGGGAGGCUGGGUCACAGCUACAGAUCUUCCAGACGUUCUGGGAAACCUAAAGUGCAACUUACUCUCCAACACUCGAAACAGAUGUCGCUAUGUACCACAAGUGGCUGCACUUGACUGGGGAGAAAAUGUAGCGGAAACCUACCCUCAGUCUGUUUAUCGGUAUGACUAUGUUCUUGCAGCUGAUGUGGUUUAUGUCCACAAAUACUUGGAUGAACUGCUUAAUGUCAUGAAACAUUUUGUACAACCUGGAACAACUCUGUUGUGGUCAAACAAAUAUCGCUUCCGCUCUGACCUCACAUUUACAGAGAAGUUUAAAGAUGCUUUUAAAACCACACUUCUUGCAGAAUUCCCUGAUACCGAUGUAAAAAUCUUUAUGGCAACAGCAAAAGAUAACCAGUGAAUAGAAGAUUACAUUGCUCUUAUUAUAUUCAAGUACUUUCAAAUUUUCAUUUUUAAGUGACAAGUUGAACUGCCGUUCUUCAUUUAAUUUUGCAUAUUUUCUAAAUCAGUCCGGGAAUUGUUCCUGUUAAUGGCAAUUAUCCUUCAUUUUAUGCAAGAAACAGUGUAUGCUCUUGUCAUAGACAAAUCCUACAUUAUACAGAAAUAUUUGUUAACUUUCUGUUAUUUCUUUACAUGUGUGAUGUGUUCAUGUUUUAAAAGUCACAUUUAAUUUCAGCAAUCACACAACUUAAAGGUUAAGUUUGU